AUGAACUAUGAACAGAAGGAAGAGCUGUACUCUCUCCGGUGCAUCUAUGAAGACAGCGACCAGGUAAAAUUGCAACUUCCUCAGUUGGACGAACAGCGUGAGGAUGGGCUGCCCAUCGUCAACUUGAAGGUGGCCAUUUCCGCUCAGCACAAAAUUGAGAUGAAAAUCACGCUGCUUGAGCAAUACCUGGAAUUGGACAGUGCACGGCCCCUUUAUGAGCUGACAUCACAGACCGUGUCACAAGAUCGGCUCAGAUUGCUGCAUGAACACUUGGACUCUGUGACAGAGUCCCCAGUGCUCUUUAGCUGGAUUGAAUGGCUGCGAACAGAAUCAAACGGCCUUCUCCACCCACCUGUGAAUCAAGAAGUUCCCUCAAUUGCACGAGAAACUUCAUCGGACUCCAUUGACUUUAAUGAUAUCCCCGAAUCCGGACCGGAAAGUGAGACUGAAGCCAUUUGCGCCAACUGUGUGGCACCUUGUUCUGCGACAGUGAAGCUCCGGGCAUGUGGCCAUUGGCUUUGUGGAAACUGCUCGUCCAGCACUUGGCAAGUCUACAGUUCUCAGGGGAGCCAUCCACGAUGCCCCCUGCCGACCUGCCGAACUUUGGCCACUCGGCUGGGGGACUGCACCCUGGAGCUAUGGUUGAAAGUAUCCAAGCACAAAGUGACCACGCGCUUCCAGGACUCCAUUGUCUUCUGCCCGCGUUGUGAAGAUCGUGGUAUGGACAUCCCGGUACUGGUUCAACCCAGCAACAACUCCUCGGAGUACAGCAGGUGCCACUGCUUCAAAUGUCACCUGUCUUUCUGUGGAGUCUGCAGGUCUCCACCGCAUCCGGGCGCGUCCUGUUUUGACUGCGAGCGCCGCGUGGUGCGAAUGGCCAAGAGGCGACCUCCGCUGCCAGUGGAACUGGCGGAACUGGCAGCUCAGAAGGCAGAAGAAAUACGGGAAAGAGACAAGAGGCAAGCAGAAUUGGCGUUCUCUCUGUCACAAGGUUCCAACAGCUUCCAAGAUCUAGUGGACCACUUUGAGCACCAAUUUGGCCCUGUAGUCUUGGAGGGAUUGGAGUCGGUGCUUGAGAAUGUCGAAUUAAGGGAAGCGAAACUGUCCAAGCAGGUUCAAGACCGCUUUUUCCAUCAGAUUUCCAAGCAUGGCGUUGGAGAGAUGCGACCAGCCUUUCACGGCACUGACUCCAAGAACUAUGGUUCGAUUUUGGAUCGAGGCCUUUUGAUUCCUGGAUUUGGUUUGGGUGCCGAUUUGAAAAUCGUACACGGUGCAGCACAUGGCAGAGGAAUCUACACAGCAAAUGUCGAUGCCGCGUACCUGUCACAAGGAUUUUGCAGCGACCCCUCCAUGUUGGUAUGUGCAGUGCUGGAUUGUGACAAACAAGUCCACCACGUAGGGGAUGCCAUGGUGGUCAUGGAUCCAGCUUUUGUAGUGCCUAUAUUUCUGGCAGUUGGUUCCUGGAAGACCGCCAGAGGCCUUGGGGCAGUUGGGCCAGGGCGUUUUCCAGCAGUGGUUCCAGCACCAGUCGCCCCCAAUCCUGUCGCCUUGAAAGCACAAAAGGUGAAGGGGAAAGCAGGGCAGCUCGAACCUGAAAAGCCCAAGGAUCCGAAGGCUGCGAAGCCGAAAGCAAAGCAAUCCAAAUUCUUGGCUCGAUUGGCUGCCCGCAGCAAGAAGCACUAGACAUCACUAGAUGGAUGGAGAAAUCAGUUUAGUGCAGCCCAUUUGGGGCUGCUGUAGCUAGGCUUCGUUGCCAGGCUGCAAGUUGUCUAAGGCAACAGCGCAGCCGUGGUCCAAUGUACAGUCUUGAGCGCUCCUAAGCUGUACAGUCCUUGAGCGUGCCACAAUCUG